CAUAGACGUUUCCCCUACGCGGCUUCCGUAAAAACUUCCCAUGUGAAAACAGAAGGUCAGACAUGGCAGGCUGUGCGAAAGGGCUUCACAAAUGCAUGUUUUCACUAAGGUUACUACGGAACCCGCGGCUCCAAAAUGAACGGUUCAUAUCGACGUCACUGCGUCGUCAGGCUUCAGCUCACAGCAGCGAGGAGCCGCCGAAGUUCUCUCCUCCACCUAAACCUGUCAUCAUAGACAAAACACAGACCGUGGCGUCUCUGCGGAAGUUUCUGAGCCCAGAGUUUGUCCCCCCGAGACAGAGGGCCGAUCCGUUUAAAUUUGCCAUCGAGCGGAAAGAUAUGAUUCGCAGGAGGAAAGUCCUUCACAUCCCCGAAUUCUACGUAGGGAGCAUCCUGGCGGUGACCAUGGCCGACCCGAACGCCAGCGGGAAAGUCAAUCGCUUCGUGGGCAUUUGCAUCCAGAGAGGUGGGAAGGGGCUGGGGGCCACAUUUGUCCUGAGGAACAUCAUUGAUAAUCAAGGGGUGGAAAUCUGCUACGAGAUGUACAGCCCCCGUAUCCAGAAGAUCGACGUGCUGAAGCUUGAGAAGAGGCUGGAUGACAACCUGAUGUAUCUGAGAGAUGCUCUGAGCGAGUACAGCACCGUGGACCCGGAGAUGAAGCCUGUGCCCUUUUCCCCCACCGGGGAGGUGCCUGUCAACAAGAUCAGGGUCAGGAUGCGGCCGAAGCCUUGGUCCAAACGCUGGGAGCGACCCAAGUUCAACAUCCAGGGCAUUCGCUUUGACCUGGCACUGACCCCAGAGCAGAUGGAGCACGCCCAGAAGUGGGCACAACCAUGGCUGGAGUACGACAUGCUGAGGGACUACGACACGUCCAACCUGGAGGAGCGGAUCCUCAGUGAGGUCCAGCGGGAGAUGAGCAAGUGACAAAGACCCUCCACAAAAGGAUCAACGCACCAUCAACAGACUUUCUAAGAGUGGGGGGGGGGGGGGGGAAGACAAAGUGGGCAAGGAUGUGAAAAACUGCACCGGAUCGAGUCACUUCAGCCACUACAGCGUGUCAGCGGGGAAGAAGCCUGCAUGGAGAACGGUCUCGUAGUCUGAGGAGGCAUGCUCUCUUCUUUUUGUUUUGCCAGUCUGCUGUGCUGUAAAUGCUUCUUCAAUGUCAUUGUCCCCAGUUGUGACAUCCAUUAAGCGGUUUCCAUAAUAAAACCAUUAAACCCUAAAGAUAGAUGUUGUUGUUCACUCCUG